AUGUUGUCGACAUCUUUACGCCGGGCUGCAUGGGCGCCUCUAUCCGGCAUAUCUCGCUCUACUCAGAACAUUCCUACUACCGCCAUCGCUACCCGAUAUGUUCACCAACGCCGGUACUCUUCUUCAUCUUCGAAGCCGCCGGUCCCGCCUAGCGAUGGCUCUCGGCGAAUGGAUACCUCGACUCCAGCGAAGGGUGUAAACUCCUCCAGUGAGAAGAGCAAGGCUACCCGUCGCCGUGGAAAGGACAGCAGUGGCCGAAAUGGCUCAUCGAGAGCUAGCCAGCAGCAUGCGGUCUUUUCAAAGCUUCCCAGCGUUCCCUCGACUCAGCACCGCCAGCCGCAUGAUGUCCAUGUCGCCUCAUUUUUCUCCAUCCACCGCCCUAUCUCCGUAACCACCACGGUCCCCCCGAUCUCGACCCCCGAAGCUUUUGAUGCAAUUUUCUCAAAGAAAUUCCUCAAGAACGAGCCGGAAGAUGUCAUCUUCACCCUUUCCUCGACAGUUCAGUCAAUGGAGAACACUACACACAAUGUGUCCGAGUCAGAGGACCAGUUCGGCCCGCUGCACCGCGGCUUCGCUAGCGACGGCGAGGGAGAGCUCCGCAUGCUGGAUGGUCCGGAGGCUCAGAUGACCGUGGAAGAGUACACCCGUCGUCUUCGUCCCUUCCACCCUCCCCCUCCCCCGGUUCCUAUGGAUAUGAGCGCCGAGGCUAUGGAGUCGGCCGAAGCCGAGAACCAGGAGACGACCUACUCGACCGUCCUGACUAUCCGGGAACAGCGCCACGCGGAUGGUCGUAAGACCUACGAGGCGCACACCGGCCCCUUCGUCCGCAACGACAUGGAAGAACCCGCUCAGCAGGACGGAGUCACCAUUGACGCCCCUACCGGCUCGACGUCUGGCAUGACCUAUAUCGAGCGUGUGCAGCACAACCGCACCAUCCACGCCAUCAGCACCAAGCGGCGUCGCAAGACCAAGAUGAAGAAGCACAAGUUCAAGAAGCUGAUGCGGCGGACACGCACUCUUAGACGGAAACUCGACAAGGCUUAG